AUGACCGCCCUCAGAGCUGGGGACGAGUUUCCCAAGGGCAUUCACUUCAGCUGGGUACCCUACACAGAAGAGAAGGAGACUAUCACAUCCUGCGGCAUUCCUCAGACAUACAACGCCAGCAAGAAGUUUGCAGACAGGAAAGUAGUGCUCUGCGCUGUCCCAGGGGCCUUCACACCUGGCUACUCGGUCCGCCACCUUCCUGACUACAUUGAACAUCUGAAAGAUAUCAAAGGCAGAGGCGUUGAUAUUGUACUUGUAGUUGCUAUGAAUGAUGCUUGGAUCAUGAGCGCUUGGGGGAAGGCCAAUGGCGUCAAGAACGACCAGAUUCGUUUCGAAGAGCAUAGGCUGGACACGUGGGGCAGACAGGACUGGGAGAUAUGCAAUGGUAAUCGAUCACGGGAAGAUCGUAUAUGCAGAGAACGAGCCUGGCGGGGAUUUUACGGUGUCUGGCGCCGAGGCCAUGCUUUCAAAGCUCUGAAGCGGACAGCAGCAGAGGCUGGCAGAUGA